AAGCGCGCCGGGAAGCAACGAUGUCGCCUGCCCUCAAAACGCACACGACACAGUAGGAUUCUGGGACGGGAUUCAUCAUACACCUGCGGGAUUUGAAUCCGAGCGACUUUUUUUUUCUCGGACUGCUUGUGACAAAAUGAUGCGCUUCCUGUUGCUGUUCAGUCGACAGGGGAAGCUGCGGCUGCAGAAGUGGUUCACACCGUUAACAGACCGAGAGAAGAAGAAGGUGAUCCGGGACAUGAUGAUGUUGGUGUUGGCCCGUCAACCACGUUCCUGCAACUUCCUCCAAUGGAGGGACCUCAAGAUUGUUUACAAGAGAUAUGCCAGCCUGUAUUUCUGUGUCGGUCUGGAGAGCCAGGAUAAUGAGCUGCUGGCCCUCGAAGUGCUGCACAGAUAUGUUGAGUUGUUGGAUAAAUACUUUGGCAAUGUGUGUGAGUUGGACAUCAUUUUCAACUUUGAGAAGGCUUACUUCAUCCUAGAUGAAUUCCUGAUGGGAGGAGAAAUCUUAGAAACUUCCAAAGUAGCUGUGGGUGUGUCUAUGGAGGAGGCUGACACACUCCAAGAGACAAUGGAGGAAUACAUGAGCAAACCUGCCUACUGAGCCAAGAGAAGAUGAGGAUUUCAAGACUUGAACCAAGAGGUUUAUUAUUCUGGAAUAUUUUUACUUAGUGACCAAUGAUGACUCAUUUGGCGUAAUGCUGUGGUCAUACAAUAACCACAAUCCUAGGGAUUUUUCAUGCCUACACUUAAAUGUUAGGAAUUGCAAUAAUGUUUGCAUCUAUAAGUGCCUUUUUGAGCCUUAUAUUCAUUCAUCUCAGGAUUUAUGACAGGAGAUAUGACUGAAAACUCUUUUUUUCCCUAUUCAUAUACAUACAUUUUUUUAAAUAUUUAAAUGUGUUUUUGCAACCCUGGUAAGACGUAGCAGCGUAGGCAUAUUUACCCGUAUGUUUAAACCAAUGCAUGUUGUGAUGGUGAAUAAAUGAAGAAACACUUCACAGUAAGGAAAAAAUAAAGUCAAUGCUUUAUUAACCUCAGGUAUGUCACAAAUGACCACAUUUAAGAAGGAAUUACCGAAAAACACAAGUAAUUCUAAGGGAUCAGAUAAUAAUUUUGGUUGUGUGUGUGUGUGCACUAAAAUGUAAGGCUGGUGAAUUACAUGUACCGGUUGUUACGUACUGUUGAGCAACAUAUUAAAAAAAAAAAAAGCAUUAAAUGAAUGUCUGAACACUCAUAUUUCU